CCCCUCUCUCCUUUUCACCACAUCCCACCUCCUCAAAUCAUCAACCGAUCCGAGAGAUAAGAGGGGCCUGAGACGAGCUCGCGCAUCACCGUAGUCGAAACCUCCCUCACCUUCCCAACAAACCAACUUUCAACAUGUCUCACCUCCCCGUCGAACCCGAGUUCGAGCAGGCCUAUAGGGAACUCGUCAUCACCCUCGAGCAGAGCACGCUCUUCGAACAACACCCGGAAUACCGCGGCGCUCUCGAUGUCGUCUCCAUUCCCGAGCGAGUCAUCCAGUUCCGCGUCGUCUGGGAGGACGACAAGGGCAACCUCCGCGUGAACCGCGGCUACCGCGUCCAGUUCAACUCGGCCCUGGGUCCCUACAAGGGCGGUCUUCGAUUCCAUCCUUCCGUCAACCUGUCUAUCCUCAAGUUUCUCGGAUUUGAGCAGAUCUUUAAGAAUGCCCUCACUGGCUUGAACAUCGGUGGUGCCAAGGGCGGUGCCGAUAUCGACCCCAAGGAGAUGAGCGACAGCGAAAUCCGCCGCUUCUGCUACUCCUUCAUGACCGAGCUCAGCAGGCACAUCGGCGCCGACACCGACGUCCCCGCGGGCGACAUUGGCGUCUCCGGCCGCGAGAUUGGCUUCCUGUUCGGUGCCUAUCGUCAGCAGCGCAACCGGUUCGAGGGUGUCCUUACCGGCAAGGGCCUGAAGUGGGGAGGCAGCUUGAUUCGCCCUGAGGCCACCGGUUACGGCGUCGUCUACUACGUCCAGCACAUGCUCGAGUACAUGGGCAAGGGCAGCAUGGCCGGCAAGCGCGUCGCCAUCUCCGGCUCGGGCAACGUCGCCCAGUACGCCGCGCUCAAGUGCAUGGAGAUGGGCGCCACCGUCGUCUCCCUCAGCGACUCCAAGGGCUGCUUCGUGGCCAAGUCCGACGCCGCCGCCUUCACCCCGGAGCACGUCGAGACCAUCAUGGGGCUCAAGGACCACCGCCGCCCGCUGACCGACUUUGAGCACGACGGCCGCUUCGUCUGGCUCGAGGGCGCCCGCCCCUGGGUCCACGUCGACAGUGUCGACAUCGCCCUCCCCUGCGCCACCCAGAACGAGGUCUCCAAGGAGGAGGCCAAGGUCCUUAUCGCCAACGGCACCCUUGUCGUCGCCGAGGGCUCCAACAUGGGAUGCACCCUGGGCGCUGUUGAGGUCUUUGAGGCGGAUCGCCGCGUGCGUGGGCCCGACGCCACUUGGUAUGCGCCCGGCAAGGCUAGCAACUGCGGCGGCGUGGCCGUGUCUGGAUUGGAGAUGGCGCAGAACAGCCAGCGACUCACCUGGACCCGGGAAGAAGUUGACCAGCGGCUUCACGGCAUCAUGAAGGAGGCAUUCCUCAACGGCGUCACCACUGCCAAUGAGUACGUCAAGACCGAUGGCGACGAGCUGCCUAGCUUGGUAGCUGGAAGCAACAUUGCCGGCUUCGUCAAGGUCAUUCGGGCCAUGAAGGAUCAGGGCGACUUGUGGUGAAGCAACAAGGUUCCUAUUACAGGGUGGGAUUCGAUGAUCAUGUGACAUGGGACAAAUGCCUGUUUUGGGUCGGGACCACGAAUUGGACAUUCGCGAUGUUUGGAGUUUUACGGAGUUUGAUGACAUUCAAGCGGGAGCGGCGUUUGGGGGGGUUUCCAUUUUAACACACGUUCUUCGUUCGAUUACCUACCUACCUUGGGCAGC